CACGACGGCAGCCAAGAAUCAAAGGGCGAAGUCGGAAGUUCAUCAUCGGCAUCUAGUCGUCAAAAAUUUUGAAAAAACAAAACAAAAAACAGAAGGUGAAACAAGAUCCGAAUCGGAAGAAGAGGAGUACUUAACUACUUACUUUACUUCUGUAUUUCAUGGCGUCAGUUUCAGUUAAUUUCAUUUCACAUUUAUUUUAAGACUCUUAUCGGAAGUAUCUAUGGGUUAAAUUUGGGUGAUAACUGAAGGUCAUGAGUAUUUAGUCUAUUUUGACUCAUAAGGCGCUAUCGCUUACUUCCGGUAUACUUCCGUAAUAUCCUUAGUAGAAUACUUCCGAAACAAUUAAAGGGUUUUAAGGAUAGGUUAGGUUAUGAAGACUACUUCGACUAGUUCGUUGACAUCACAUUUCUCUAAUUAUCUUGCUUUUCAAACCAUCCGAGUGAUUAUUAAAACGAUAAAAGCAAACAUUCAAAAUGCCAGCCCUAGCCAAUCGACAGCGCAUUUGCUAUUUCUCAGAAACUCAUUUCAAACUUUCAGAGGUGGACGUUAAUGAGGAUUGAUUGACUUAUUCUUCUGAAAGCAAAGUUCUUAAUUAUUACUAGUUAUAUGCCCACUUAAGAGAUUAACGGAUAAUAGUUAGCUGGAAAGGCAAACGUCAAAAUGCCGAAGCUCAGUAGAAUAGUUUUUGCUUCAUACGAUCGAUUACGGACAAGAGAUUCUGCAUAGAAUACGUCCGGUAAACCUAUGGGAUUCGCCCCAAUACUAAAAAACAUUUACUGUCACACUGUUCGACCUUGGAUUUCUACUGUUAGCCAUGUAAACAAGGUAAUAACAUGCAUACAAGACGAAAGAGUAUAAAUACUUCGGCUGUCAGUCAGUUCCGAUAUCUUGAACCAGUUGCUCAUCCAGCAUCUACUCUCUUUCUUCACAUUUGUUUCUUGUCAACUUUCCUGUCAAAGAUGUCGAUGGUGAAUUUCGUCGUUUGCUUCUUGGCUGCCGUUGCAGUGGUGUCUGGUAAUCCAGGAUACGGAUACAAACCAAUGGCUCCUGCGUACACACCUCCUGCGUACACACCUCCUGCGUAUACACCUCCUGCGUACACACCUCCUGCGUACACUCCUCCUGCAUAUUCUCCACCUGCAUACAAAGCUCCUUCGUACAUGCCUCCCGCUUACACACCUCCUGCUUAUACUCCUCCCGCUUACACACCUCCUGCUUAUACUCCUCCUGCAUACAAAGCUUCUUCGUACAUGGCUCCAGCUUAUUAAGUUCCUGUUAAAAAUUGAAGUCUCCUAAAACGUUUUAUCGCCAAAAAUUAAGCUUCAUUUCG